CUAAUCAAGUUGUUUGGCAGGCAGAAAAUCCUAAAUUUCAAGAAAACAUCAGCAGAAGAGAAUCUUAGAUUUCGGCGAGACCAUGGCACUAGCUUCAACCCUUGUGUUAAAGAAGUCAAAGUACUACUGAUUAAUGCAACCCAUGGUGUGAAAGAACAUGUUUGCUAUAACACAACAAUUCUUGGAUGCAACCCUGUUAAUGGAAAAUAUUUAUGUGAGAAGAGGUUGUCAAUGUAUCGAGAUUCGGCUGGUAAAAUACAAGCUUAUAUUUCCGGCUGUCGAUGUGUAAAUCCAUGAAUGAAAUCAAACUGUAAAUUAAAGAUUAUAUUUAAGUCUAUUUAACAUGUAAAAAGUAUUGAAUUAUUUAUAUUGUUAUUUAGGUUUGAGAUUUCUAUUAAAGUGAGAGUAUUUAUUACUUAUAUUGACUUUUUGAGGUUUUGUGAUCUAUGAUCGAAUACAAUUCAACGCAAUAUCAGCAAAGCCCGAAGCUUUUAACUUGAGCACAGGUGAACAGAGUCUUGGUUCCUUUGAUACCGGUCCACUACAAUGGCGACACAAUGCUCCUCAUCAUUGUCCACUGAAAUCCUCUGUCAUUUCAAGAACAGCGGUUGCUCUUGAGUGAACCUUCAGAAAGCCAGAUAGACUAUCAUUUAGCACUGACUAACAUCUAAUCACACUGAACAAUUGAAUUUUUGUCUCGAGUGAUGGACAGGGAAACAUUCUGAGGUCCCGAAGAGAUUCGAAUCUAAGAACACCCAAUCACCAGGUGGAGACUCCAUCCUCAAAUGUGCUACAGAGAAACUCAGAGAGAGCAAGACACCAGGUUUACCAGGGGGCUCUUGCCAGUCUUACACUUACCGUGAGGGGUCUAAUAACGGGUUCCGAUCUCUCCCCAUUCCCCCAUCCGUUAUCCAAAAUAAGACAGUGUGCCUGAGCUUUCCAUGGGAGAAAAAUGGCCGGCUAGACCAGUCUAGUCGCAAAUAGAAUUCAAGGCCUACGUUAGUCUAUUCCUGCAAAGUGUGCAAGGCAAGGCAAAGAUGGGUUUUAACAAAACUUUUGAGAAAGGGGUAAAGGAAUAUUUUUUUUCAAAAUUAACUUUCCGGUCGGCCAGUUCUGACUUUUUUAAGUGUACUAGGUUUAUACGCGAGACGUUUUUGCUUGUUCACAUUUAUUUUGACGCGAUAAGACUUGACGAUAAACGAUUAUGGGCUGUGUUAGACUAACUUCAUUACAUUACAAUAAAAGUGUAGAUAUAAAGCAUUCAAUACGAUACUAUUAACAAGAUCUAUUAUCUGCGGAAUUCAAUUUCUGGGACUAUAUUCUUUCUUACGGACCGUAAGCCGUUUUAAAAUUACAGGUUAAUGUUAACUCGUCAAAGGCCCUUAAAAUCUCCCCCCCCCUCCCCCCCAAAAAAGACCAUUAUUCUGUACAAACAUCUUGGCAAAAUUACACUAUUAUUGUGACAAUUUCCUAUGCCGAAAUUGUUUUUCUUGCAAGUCUCGAAAAGACAGGGCAAUUUAAAGUGAUAACCGGAAAAACCCCAGUUUUACUGUGAGUUACAUAACUUCCGUUCCUGUAAUCACGUAAUCUAGUUUUGAAACUGAAUUAACAUUCUGCUUCUCAAUUAUUGAAAUGUUUAAAACUGGAUAUAAAACGUCCAGUGCGUUCAUUUUUUCAGAGUAAAUGCUUUUGUUAAAAUUACAUUAUUUUGGUUUUUAAGCAUUUUUUGUCAUUACUGACGUUGUAUGAACAUUAGUUCUUGUUGAUUUUCUUCUACUAUUACAUCCUAUUCUAUAAAUGUACUUCUAUAAUUAAAAUCAAAGUCUAGACACGUGCCCUCGAUACUUGACCGUGAUAAGAAUAUUUAAAUUUUUUCUAAAAUAACCAAACAAUCAUUACCAUUUUUUUGCCUUUUUAACAGAGGCUGCCACUAACAAAGAUGGAGUCGCAAGAUUUUUCCUGCAAAAAAAACUUUUAAAAAUUUUCCAAAGAAAAAAAUGAGAAGGCAGAAGACUUUAUUUUUUAUUUUUUGUGAUUUUUUCUUUGUUAUUAAUAUGGAUUUCUGAUUUCGGAAAUUUAAUUCUGUUUUUAAAGUGGCCCCUUUCGUACCAUCUGCUACCAGGUUGUUACGUAUGCAUGUAACAAACUUAUAGCAGUGCGUUUUAUCAUUUCCUCCAUGUCUAUUUUCCGUCUUAAAAGUACAGACUGAAUAAAAUAAACUAUGACGGACGUCUUCUAAAUAUAAGACAGGCGACAGACAAAAUCGAGUGAAAUUUAGUAUAUAUAAGGUUCGUCUAGCCAUACGUUCUCAUACUGAAUGAAAGGAAAAAAAUUUGGCGUUUAAAAACAGUUAAAAUACGUAGAAGAUACAACUAUAGUUAAAGAGCUAGAAAACGCCAAUCAAUAUAAUGAAGGUGGGUUAUGGUUAAAAAUUAUUAGGUUCAUUGUCCUCCACAUGUGACCAUUUUAAAGGCAAUAACUUUAAAGAGGAAUGCUAUUUUGUAGUGUUUAGCAACUCCUUCCCUUCCCCAAAAAAUUUGACUCAACUGGAAAUUUUAAAAACCAUUUUCUGUUGGAAUACGGGUAAUAGGAUAGUUGCAAUUAUUCCGAGUCCGAUAGGCUUUGAUAGAUUGCGUAAUAUGCUACUAGUAGUGCUACUCAUUUUAGCAAAAAAUGCAGAAAUUAUGGUUCUACUUUUUUCGUUAAAUUUGGUAAGAAAUCCUCAAUAACUAUGCAAAAAACAAGUAAAUGGCAAACACAUUUGCCCUAUUUACAUCUAGGGACAACUUUAAAAACUCCAAAAAAUAUACGUAUACAACCAGCACGCGGACGCCAUCUUGGGUAACCGAGCUUGUUAAGCACAUGCGUUGAAUCCUGUGGAGAGAGUCCUGGGUCACUUACAGUGGGACACGGUUCCCAAAAGCAGACAAAAAAUAAAAUUUGCCAAAAAAAUUGGUUGCACGAUCAAUAAAUGACAAUUUUGUGCUGCAAAAAUGACCAAAAGGGGAAAUUAUGCUAGGAUUGCUUUUUCUGACAGGUGGAGAUUAUCCUCGUAAUGACGAAUUAUGCCAAAAAAUAUGCUAGCUUAAUCUAUCAUAGUUUGCUACUCAGCCGUUUUUAGUGUCGUCAUGCAACGCUCCUGGAGGAGCGUUGCGUGACGACACUAAGAACGGCUGCCGAGCAGACUAAAUCUUUAAAAGCCUAGAGUCGGAUGGCAUAAAUACAGGCCGAGUCCAAAAUGAAGACAACAUUUCAAAUGUCGUGUCCUUUAAGGAAAGCCAUAAAACGUCCUUUUGUCGUUUCAUUUAUAAUUAUAUAUUUUUUCAAGCAUGAGGCUGAUUUUCGAUUUAGAAACUUUAUUUCAUUCGCUGCAGCCUCACCCUCCUCCCAAGGGGAAAGAGAAAACCAUCCGGUGAAAGCUGUUACAUAAUUCUAGAAACAAUGUGCAUUUUAUUCAAUUUUAACGCACUUUGUUUUCAUUUACAGGAAUUCAGCUUUUUAUUGACAGUCAUUAUCGUUUUUUUCCAUUACUCUGUUUAUGCUCGCCCUAAGUCGCGUGAAGAUUGGAUGGGUCAAGAUAACGACGAUCAAGCUACUUCGCAAACUCUUGGGAAAGAGAUGAAGUUGUUUAGCAGACAGAAAUUCCUAAACGCUAACAAAAUAACCGAAGAAAGGAGUCUUAGAUUUCGACGAAACCACAACACUACCUCCAACCCUUGCGUUAAAGCAGUUAAGCUAGAAAUGGUUGCGAUAGGCCUUGCUGUGAAAGUACAUGAGUGCUUUACCACUACAAAUCUUGGAUGCCAGCCUGUCAAUGGAAAAUUUUUAUGCGAGAAGAUCAAAACAGUAGACCAGGAUUCGGCU